AUGUUUGACAUCGUCGGUUUCAUCAUUCUUUCCGCUCUUGGGAGUUUCUUCACAGCUCUUGCUGCCUCACCCAAGAAGCAGUUGAAACUCUGGUUCCUCGCGUCAUCAAAGACCAUCCAUGACGAACCGCAGCCUUUCUCCGUUCCUGGCGUAGAGAAGUCUGACGAUGCCAAACUUCUUCAGGAGAUCAACAAUAUGGCCGACUGCCAUGAGACGGCGGCUCUCCUGGCGGACUUGAUUCGCAAGGACGGCGCUGGCUGCUGGCCACCACGGGCCGAGCAUGACCACACGGCAUGGCCAGCGGCUCUUCGCCCGUACCGGGAGAUCUACGAAGAGGUGGCGCCUCUGCUGCCCACAGAGCACGUCUCCCUUGACGACGAAGUCAACAAGGCACGCAUCACCAGCUUCCGUACUCGCCUUCAGCAGCUGCUCCACGAACGGGUCGACCUUACCCAGGUAGAAGCACUCCUUGCAGCAGCAGAUGCCGGUCGAUGGGACGUCUUCCCCCGCGACACCUACAACGCCUUCUACGCCUGCGUCGCCUGGUGCCGACACGCCUACCGAUGGGCCACCAUCCCCGUCGUCCGCCUCGCCCAACUCGAAAAGACCCUCCCCCUGCCACAGGAACUCAGCCUCCCCUGGAGCUACCUCCAGUCCCACUUCGGGCUGUGCUCCGAAUCCGGCAACAACACCUCCAACCUGGUCCUCAACUUCACCCCCUCCGACACCUACGCCCUACAAAUCAACCCCGGCCUCUCCCAGCGUGUCACCACCUCGGAGGAGGCCUUCGCGCGCGUGUUCCACGAGGUCGAGGUGCUGGGCCUGCCGGUGUACCAUGCGGUGGUAUCCGCCGUGCUGGCGCACGCGCGCGGGGACAUGGUGGGUUGUCUGGUGCAGGCGCGGCGCGUGGCGGCGCAGCUGCGGCCGCUGCUGAGUAGCUACUAUGACCGGGUGCAUGAUGCGAGGAUUGCGAAGUCGGCGUGGCUGUCCCAUGUGCAGGGUUUCUACGCAUGGGGGUUGGGGUUGGAGGGGGAGGGAGAGAGGCAGCAGGGGGGGAAGGAGGUGGUCAAGUUUGAUGGGUUGAGUGGGAAUCAGGUGUUGUUGUUUCAGGUGCUGGAUGCGUUUCUGGGGAUUGAGCCGUACUUGUCGGAGGAGAAUCUGAAUAGGAACGUGCCGGAGAAGCAGAGGGUGUUUUGCAGGGCGGUGGAGAGGCAUUCGUUUCGGAGCCGUCUUAGGAGUGAUGGGGUGGAGGGGCAGAUCAGGGGGGAGUUGGGGGAGAUUGUGAAGAGGUUGAGGUUGUUCCGGACAGCUCACAGGUCCCGGGCAAAGGCCUACUUGUCACAACCUGCCCCUGAACGACUGCCGAUGACGGCGGGCAAAUCGCUACUCAAGGAGGAUAUGGACCAAAGUCUGGAGUACCUUGAUGAGUUCAUGGUCGGCAGAUUGGCCCAAACUGUCUAA